CAUGUCGGCCUUGAGGCGCUCGGGCUACGGCCCCAGUGACGGCCCGUCUUAUGGCCGCUACUACGGGCCUGGGGGUGGAGAUGUGCCGGUGCACCCGCCUCCGCCCGUCUACCCCCCGCGCCCCGAGCCUCCCCAGCCUCCCAUUUCCUGGCGGGGGCGCGGGGGCGGCCCGGCGGAGACCACCUGGCCGGGGGAAGGCGGAGGAGGCGAUGGCUACUACGCGUCUGGAGGCGCCUGGUCAGAGCCGGGUCGUGCUGGCGGAGGCCACCAGGAGCAGCCACCAUAUCCUAGUUACAGUUCUAACUAUUGGAAUUCUGCUGCCCGACCUCGGGCUCCUUACCCAAGUACAUACCCUGUAAGACCGGAAAUGCAAAGCCAGAGUUUGAAUUCUUACACAAAUGGGGGAUACGGCCCACCAUACCCCACUGGCCCAGGGACAACUACUGCCUCAUACCCUGGGGCCUAUUACACCCCUGGGUAUGCUCAGACCAAUUACUCCACAGAGCUUCCAAGCACUUACCGUUCACCUGGCAACAGCCCAACCCCGGUCUCCCGUUGGAUGUACCCCCAGCAGGACUGCCAGACUGAAGCGCCCCCUCUUAGGGGGCAGGUUCCGGGAUAUCCUGCUUCACAGAACCCUGGAAUGAGCGUACCCCAUUACCCUUAUGGGGAUGGUAAUCGUAGUGUUCCACAACCAGGACCACCCGUACGACCCCAGGAGGACUCAUGGGCGCCUCCAGGUGCUUAUGGAAUGGGAACCCGGUACCCCUGGCCUUCAGCUGCGCCCUCAGGACCACCGGGGAGUCUCUACAUGAAUGAGAGCACUUCAUCGUGGCCUACCAGUGGCUCUCCUCAGCCACCUCCUUCACCGCCACCCCCACAGCCUAAGGACUCCUCCUACACCUACAGCCAACCAGACCAGGGCAUGAGCCAGCACAACUUUCCAUGUAGUGUCCAUCAGUACGAGUCCUCGGGAUCGGUGAAUGAUGACAGUUCGGAGCUUUUGGAUUCCCAGGUCCAGUAUAGUGCUGAGCCUCAUCUGUACGGUAAUGCCACCCACGAACAUCCCAGCACUCAAGACCAGGGUAAUCAUCUUGCUGAAGAGUGUUUAUCUUCAGAUGAAGGGACUCCCCCAAGCAUUAAAAAAAUCAUACAUGUGCUGGAGAAGGUCCAGUAUCUUGAGCAAGAAGUAGAAGAGUUCGUAGGAAAAAAGACAGACAAAGCCUACUGGCUUCUGGAAGAGAUGCUAACCAAGGAACUCCUGGAACUGGAUUCAGUUGAAACUGGGGGCCAGGACUCCGUCCGGCAGGCCAGGAAAGAGGCGGUUUGUAAAAUCCAGGCCAUACUGGAAAAAUUGGAAAAAAAGGGAUUAUGAAGGGAUUUAGAACAAAGGGGAAGCCUGUUACUAACUCGACCAAAGAACUCUUGAUUUUGGUUAAUUACCCUCUUUUUGAAAUGCCUGUUGACGACAAGAAGCAAUACAUUCCAACUUUCCUUUGAUAGAAAGCUUGAAAAACUGAUAAAGGACUCGGCAGAACAGUUGGGUUAUGAGUUGUUUUCAGACCAGUGAAUGUAAGAGAGAGCUCUCCAGUUAUCAGUAUUGCCAAGUAGACUCGCCCAGUAAGAAAUACAUGGGUGUCCUCGGCAAGCUGCUUCUUAUCAGCAGGAGGGGAAUUCACCUUAUGUAACAGGCUCCUCAGAAACCUACAGGAUAAGACUGGAUGUUCUUUGGACAGGCUCUGUUUUUUUAAAACAUCUGGAUAACUUGUCACAUUUUUGUACAUUGUAACUGCUUUCACCAUACACUUUGUGUGUAAAUUACAGCUUGGACUUUAGCCCCCUUGGACCUCUGUUUUGUUUUGUUAUUUGCAGUUCACAAAUAUAGUAUGAUUCUCUACUUCUUGGUAUAUUUUGUAGUAAUAUGUUUAAUUACUCAAGAGACUGUACUGACAGCCAGAUAGUAUGGCAGUUCUGGAUAAAUUUGUACCCUUUUACCACUUGAAUAUAUUGCACCGUGUAAUGAGUUUCCGAGGUAGAUUGUCUCCUCUUUUGUACAGAUUAUCAGGUUAAGAGUUUUACCACUUCUAUUUUUCUUGUUACUAUCAGAAGGUUAAUUUGGAAAUGGCAUGGCUAUAGGAAUGAAAAUGUGGGCAUAUUCUUUUUUUGCUUUCUUCAUUGUAUUUGGAUGAAGCUCCACUUUAAAAUCCACCACCCCCCCUCCACUUCAUUAUCUUUUUACUACAGCUACUUCCAUUCAGAGCAAUGUGAUGAACACAAAUAAAAACACCAUGCCGAGGAGAAACAGUCACUGCAAAAGUAACAGGCACAACCAUUUGGGAAUCCUAUUCUCCAUCUAAAAUAGUAGCUUCACUGUCAAGGUCCCUAUGAGCGGACUUCAGCCCAGCUUAUCUGCUCAGUGUACAGUAAGAUAUACAGAGGGUAAAAGGAUUCAUGCUCUGGGACUGAAUCAGCCACAGCCAGAGUGGGAAAUUAUGUUCUUUUAAAGGCAGAUGUGAUGGUUAGCUUU